UAUAAGGUAGGGUUUCAUUUUAAAUACAGCUAUAUUAGUAUUGUUUUCAAGCGAUGUUCAAUAUAAUGGAAAUUAGGUUCGGGAACAAUCUUGCGCAACCGGGGAAGAGUGGAGUAGACAGCUGAUUGCGUCGUUAACUACUGAAACAACCGGUGACAUUAUCCAAUCACGGCGACCCCAGCCAGAGUAACAAUUCAAUAAUGUGCCCCACACCACUAAGGCAACCAUGCACUCCAUCUACCCAAACACGCACAGCAUUCCAAAAGUCUAGAAGAAUCAUGGCCACCCUAGGAGCCCAAUCAGGUAAUGAUAGUUGCAGUUCUUUACUCGUCUAUCCAGUCAGGAGCUAUCGCUGCAGCCUAUUGGUUAUCAUGACGGAGAUUACUCUUGACUUCCUCCAGGGCCUGCUCAAAGAUGACUAUCCGGAUGUCACCAUUACACAGUACGAGGGUGCCCCAGGCUCCAAACGUGGCGACAACUAUACCUCAAUGGUGUACCGAAUCUCUCUGACUGGCAUUCGAAGAUACGUUGAACCCGAUGGCUCUAGCGAAUCCGACGAACCUUGGGAGAGCUCCAUCAUCUACAAAUGCCUUCCCGAAAGUAUUUUACGAAGAGAGGCCUUCAAAAGCGACGAAUUGUUCUGCAACGAAGUCGCGUUUUACAACAAGAUAUGGCCGGCCUUACACAGCUUUCAGCAGCAAUGGAACGUUCACAAUCCCUUCAAGUCGAUACCUAAAUGCUACUUGGCCCAGAACGAUUGCUUGGUGCUGAAGGAUCUGAAGAUGGAAGGGUAUGUGAUGCCGGAUAGACAUCAGGGGUUGAGUGUCGAGCAGUGUUACUUUGUGUUGAAGCAUUUAUCGCAGUUCCAUGCAUUAUCGCUGGCUAUGAAGUGCCACGACCCUGAGGCGUUUUACGAAUUGUUGAAUAUAAAAGAUGGGAUAUCGGAAGUAUUUUACGUCGAGGAAAACGUAAGUUACUACAAAGACUAUUACAUGGAGGCCACUCGGAAUGCCAUAGCCAUGGUGGAAGAGGAGAUGGCUGAUGCCGAAGACAAGGACCAUUACUUGGACAAGUUCCGGAGCUUCUGCAGCGAGGAAACCUUCUUCCAUACCAUGGUCGAGCUGGUGACCCCUAAGGAACCUCUGGCGGUGAUUGGUCAUGGUGAUUGCUGGACUAAUAACUUCUUAUUCAAAUAUGUUGAUGGGGAUAUUGCUGAUAUGUACAUAGUAGACUUCCAGCUGGUCCGCUACGCGUCUCCAGCUCUGGACCUGGUCUACAUAAUGUACCUCUGCCUGGACCGCCAGCAGAGGGCGGAGCACCUCACCUCCCUACUGGAGUACUAUGUGGAUGAACUCCAUCGGCGACUGGUGCAGAUGAGCAAUGAAGACUCUGUGUUCAAUACAAGUCUGAAUCGAGAUGCGUUGUAUGAAUUAUUACAAGAAGAGUUCAAGCGCACCGGUCGCUUCGGCCUCGGGAUCGCGGUCGACAUGUACCCUAUUAUGACGUGUGACAGUGAUGAAGCUCCCAACGUGUAUCAACAUGAGGAUAGCGAGCCAUCAUCAACCGCUCGCUUGCAGCCCGUGCAGACGUCGAGUGCUGCUUGUAGGAGGAAGAUGACGGAACUCGUCAUAGAACUGGUCGACUCUGGAGUUCUCUGAUCAUUACUUGCAAAAUUUAUCGUAAUUAAUAAUAUUAUUAGCACUCUUGGGCUGUGGGCCAUGUGGAUCAUUCAUCAUUGUA